UUUCCCGAGAGUUCGUCGUUCUCGUCGGUUGGCACUGUUCAAACGUUUAUCAGUUUGAUUUUUGAAUGAUGUAAACAGCGAUUUAAAGCGCCGGGGUCACAAACGGUUAAGGAACUCGUGCGAUCUCGUUUUCCGUACUUUUAACUACAGACUUGACGAAUAUAUCGCGUUUGCAAUAUUACUUAAUUUAUUUGUUAUUUAAGCGACGAAUAACAAGAAGCGGGAGCAACAGUGACCCUACAUCUGACAAGUGUAAUCGUGUAAGGACAAAGAGCUGCUUCUUGAAGUCAUGGGCAAUUAUAUGAACAAGUUGCUUCUUCAUGCUGAUGAGAGUCGAAGGGAAAAUGAAACACAAACUAUAGAGCAUCAACAAAUAUCUAAAGAAGACAACAAGUUGUUCACACCCAUACGUUCCGAAGGAAAAUUAUUGAUUGAUCCACGCUCGGCUUCAUUAGGAAUCAGAAGAACUCCUAUCUUGGUUGAUAGCACCCCAGUGGGAGUAAGUAAGAGAAUACCUAAUGCGAUCCCAAAGCAUUUACAGAAGAAACAAUAUCUUGAAACCAAUUUGGACAUGGUUAUAGCACCAUGUCCACCAUGGUCGCCGAAGAAAAAUUUUAUGGCGAAAUGUACGGUUAACAUUCAGUCAGAGGAAUCGGAUAAGAUAGAGAAUUCUUCAAUAUUGAACGCUACUGUAGUAAAAACGCCAAAAAAUCUGACAGCAAUAGAAAAAGAACGUUAUAGAAUUUUGGGGCUUGACCCGAGAUCUCCAGCAGCUGACUUCAACAGAACUCCCAUUUUAAUACCAAAGUCUCUUGCGAUGAUAAAGGCUCGAUCACAAGACAAUUUGAAUCGCAAAGGCAGUUACGAAACGGAUGUUUAUAAUCCAAGAAACUCGUGGCAGGAAGCAAGCAUAUCACUCGAUAAUACAGAAAUACAAUUGUUGCCAGACAUAGCUUCCAAACGUUUGAGGGAGCUCGAUUCUGAAACACGGGCCGAAUUGAAUAUAUUCCACAUACCUGACUCUGAUUUUGAUUCAAGUGUUUUUACCAGCGAAGAAGAUCUCACAGUUAUUAAGAACUCCAAGUUUAAAAUUACGAAUGACAAAUCAUUAAUUACAAGCGAACGGACAUUAACGACAACUGACAAGCGAGAAGGCAGCACGAGCGGGCAGAAUGAUUACAAAGAUGUUAUUGAGGAAAAUAUGAAGGCUAUACGAAUAAAAGAUGACAAUAAGAUUAAAAUAUGGCAUGAUUCGUCAAUAUCGGAAGAAAGUGUACUAAGUAAAGUGGAGGAGGAGGAAGUUCGAGAGAAUAUCAAGGGAGAAUUAUCUCAGAAAAAAAUGUUGAAGGAAGAUAUAUGUGACGAACAUACCGCAAAAAAUAGUUCUCCGUCCAAAUUGAUAAAUAUAGAAAAUAUUCAGAAAAAGGAAGACGUGGGAGAAAACGUGAGGAAGAUUCUCAAAUCAGAUGUAAAGUUUAAAUCAGACGAAAAAAAGAUUUUCAGUCCUGAUAGCAAAUAUAGUAAUGAAGCACCUAAGAAUCGAACACCUCUAAGCAAUAGAUCUAAUAAUGGUAAAACUCAAGGAAUACCAGCGAAAUCGCCGCAACAAUCAUUAAAAAAUAAGACUGUAGCUAAAAUCCAGCAGGAGAACACGCCACCGUACAAAAAUUACAAUGCAAAGACUAGAAGUGGAAUUCAAUGGGACCCGAAUUCUUCUGUUGUCAUAUAAAUGACACGUUUACAGUCAGUAUGGGAAAUGACUAAUAUCUCUACUGCUUUUUAUUCUUAGACUGUAAUGAUACUUUUAUUUUGAUUCAAUUUGUAAGAAUUAAUUUUAUAUUUAAAUGUAUUUAUUAAUUGUAAGAUGAAUUAAAGAUCCGUGUGUGCAAAUGAUUCAGUAUGUAAGGAAUGAAAUUGGACAAAAUAUGAAUUUCGCAAUUGUUUAAGUGAGAUUUGAAUCUGUUAUUAUUUUCAUGUCGGUAAAAUAUGUACUUGUAAUUUCUUUCGAGAUAGAAUAAUGAAAAAUUUGGAAUUAUAAAGAAAUAAAGUAGAAGUUUAAGAAUUGUUGA